AUUGGCUUACAAUUCCCGUUAAACUCUCUGGAACUGGUUUUACUUCAGGGAAUUAGAAUCGUGUCGGCAUUCUGGAAUCGUGAGGAUCUCCUCCCAUUUCUAUAAAACAAAAAAAGAAGCUUUUUUGUUGUUUCGAUGUUUUUUACUUGCUGUAGCUCGUACACAAGCCAAGAUGCCAGUCAUUUUCAUACUUGCAGAAGGUAAUUUUGUUUUUUAAGAUAUGAUUUGAACAAGUUGAAUAUUUUGAAAUCUCGUGUACUCUGCUCCCACAGAAUAAUGACUGUUCUCUUCUCUCUUUUUUUAUCACAACUUUAAUUAACUUAAUAUGAAAAAAAAAAAGUGUUUUUGAGUUUGACGGCGCUUUUUUUUAAGACUUUACAAAAGCACGAUUUUCCAUGGGUAAUUAACUAUUUUUGGCAAGAUUUUUACAUUUAAAAAAACGUGCAAGGGUACGGCGUGUGGUCUGUGUUGAACGCAGUUAUCUGGUCAAAAGUUUAACGAUUAUUUUCGAUGGGUCACUUCCAUCGGAUGUGCGUUCUGUCGUUUUCCGCUUUGAAAAUGAUUGGGAAAGAUAUUUUUUGCAGCAAGAUAAAUCGUUCGGAAAUUUAUUAUUUAAAAAAUCUCUUCUGCAGGAUGACACAUCACUAGACUACGUUACUUAUACAUUUUGCCUUGCUAUGAGCUACUUUAUAUGUAUUUGAGACACACAAAAAAGUCUUUUUUUCCACAAUGCAAAUGAAGUGUUUGGUAUUUCCUGGCUGCUCAUGCGUCUAAAGUUUUUUUUCCCCCCCCAAAAAAAAACAUCGAAAAGGGCAGAAGAAUGAAGUGGAAAGAAUCACUUCGAGGCAAGGGGGAUAAAAAAGUAUGACCUCAACCAGCCACUAGCAUUCCGGUUUUUCAUCUCUUGUUCGCUCGAAUUUUGUUUUUGUUUUCUUUCAUCAGGUGAACUCUAGAAAAGAAAAAGAAAGGCCUCCAGUUUUUCAUUGUCCCUCUGCAGAGGCAAACAAAACAAAAAAAAGGUCCAAUGAAAACCGAUGGGCGGGGUUGGGACGAAUUCGUAUUCACCUGUAUCUAGAACACCGACUGCAGCUACACAGCACUUCGUUUACCACCUCCCAUUGCAUGUCGUUUUGCAGGAUUUUCGUGUCGACGAAAUCUUGCCGAACAGGUUUUGUGCAUGCACAAGUGGUAAAGGGCGUACCUCGCCAGUCUUUCUGAUACUUUAUUUCACGACACUAGUGCUCAAUAGCGCAACAGUCGCUCAAGAACAGUGAACCAGGCCGUUGACGAUGGUCAGUUUCAUGUAGGACUCGGUGAUUUAUAAAUAGGUGUUUUCUGUGGUUGUCUCGUUCCAUUCACCUGGCCAUCCCUUCAAGCUCACUUGUUUUGAGCCUUUAGGCAUUGAUUGAAAGAUAUACGCUUUCUCGGUCACCACGAAAACUGAGUCGUUCGAUGGCCACAUCGCUUCUCUUAAAAGUUUGUGUCUUGUCGGCACUAACUUGCGUGUCUCGGAUAACCUUCACUUGCGCGAGUUUCACGUCUUCAACAUCCAGUCUGCAAUCCAAGGACUUUGGCAUAAAGGCCAUCAAAGGACUUUUACCGGAAAGCGAUGACGGUAAAGGAAUUCUUCUAAAAAAUUCGACUAGCGAAACCAACACUACGAACAGUGCCGAUAGAAAGCAGCAUCGUGGAAUUAUCGACCCACUGCCACAGUCUAGGAGAAGAAGCAUGAAAUCUUUAGUGUCCCCAGAAUUUACCAUGGACAAAUUCAUCACUUUCAUGACAGCUUCCAACAAUCUCGUGAACUCGAAUACCAAAUACCCAAAACUUGACAAAUUUACGAAAUCGUUCAGCCGUCUCUACAAUUCAGAUGGCGUGACUGCCGUCGCUAAUUUUUGGAAUAUGUGGGUCAAUGUCUGGACUGUCGUUGAUGCGGUGGCAAACAUUUUUCGUGCGUACGAAACCCGUAUAUUGAAUACGAUAGAUGAAAACCAGCCACAGCCACCAAGUCCUUUGGAAGAUUUACAACAAUCAUUAGACGAUGCCAACAACAACAUUGCCGUAGUGUCUGAUCUCUUUCAACAGUUGGCACGUAUGGGCGAAUUUGAAGACGGCCCUGCCGAUCAACAACAAGGUGACGAUCUUCAACCUCAGGUGUUGGUGCGAACGGUUAAACGAAGGUUGAUUCAUGAUGCGCCGCAAGACAAACAAGAUAAUGGUGAUGAAGGUAAUGGCACAGGCAAUCCUGAAGAUCACGAAGAAUAUGAAAAAGAAGAGAAAAUGUAUCCAGUGAAACAACGUGAAAACAGUCGACAAGCAAAAGCGCAACGCGUAGCCGUCGAAAAAAAUCGCCGCCUUUAUUAUCCAGCUGGGUAUAGGAGUAAUUCUGACGACAACCAAAAAGAUCGCAGUUCACUAGCCGAUGCGAUUGAUUAUUCGAAUCCCGUUACGCGUGGUCGGCGAACCAAGCCAUUGGCCGUGAACAGAAAAUCACGUAAAAGAAAAUCCAAACAGAAAUCGCCAAUCAGUGAGUCAGCAUUUGAAGCGACCAGCAAAUGUUCCAUGAAUAUUGCAUUGGAUCGCACUGAGAAGGAAGUAGAACGCAGCGCUACUAGAAGCAAACGCUCCAAUUUGCGAUUCAACUUCGGCGUGGAUAAGUUUAUCUACUUCAUGGCCAAAGCCAACAACGUCUUAAAUUCAAAUACCAACAACGUUCAACUAAACAGGUUUACGAGGGCGUUUAACGAUCUUUUCGAUUCGGAUGGUUUGAGUGCUUUCAAUACGUUUUAUACUUUAUUGGCAAGUUUUUGGACCAUUGUUGAUGCUGUUGCGAACGUAUUUCGCUUUAACGAAGCCCGUAUUAGAGAUCAAAUCCAGCAGCAACAAGCAGAAGCUCAACCCGACCCGCUCGGGGAUUUGCAAGCGGAAUUGGACGACACGAAUGCGAACCUCGCUGAAGUUGCAGAACUCGUCAGUGCUUUGCAAAACGGUGCUGCUGCUAGAGUUGAAAGCGUGAAUGCAAAAACUGAUAAGGGUGUUGGCGAUCAUGGCGUGCAGCACGAGAAGAAAAAUCAUCACAGUCAUCCAAGCCACGUAGGCAAUAACCAUCGUGUUCACGCAAGUCCAUCACCACAUCAGACAAGUCUCAGCAAUCAAGAAAGCUAUAAAAACCAUCUCAGCACAAUGACUCCCGAAAGCGUUACCUUUUCACCCGUUGCUACAAAGCCCCAUAGCCACUUUGCAAGUGGCAGUUGGAUACCCAUUACCGAGAGUCCCCAACCGUCAGUCGAAACAAAUAGAAAUUUUUAUUAUCCAGUUAAUUACAGCAACAACCAGUUCAGCAGUCGUCAGCAUAAUCCUCAUUCGUUUUUUACGGUCAAUCAACUUUACAAUCCAGUAGGCAGAGGUAUUAGCAGUCCCGACACCGUACACUGGAUGGACCAUCAAUACUCCGAUUCCGCAAGUCGUCAACCUAUGGACUACAGUACUAAUGGGACUCCAGGGGGUUCCAGCAAUCGUCAAUCUUCUCACGCGGCUAAUCGCCAUAUUUACAUCACAAGCAACUACCGUAGUCGAACUGGUGAUCAUACAAAUGUCAGUCAGGGGUAUGGGAAAACAAGUGCCAUUUUCCAGUCGGCUAAUAAUUAAAGAAUUUCACGAUAGGGGAUUAGUAUAGGCUAAUACCCAUUGAGUAUUGCAUGAAAAGGACAUACAUUAUAGUAAGGGAAAAAGAUGAUGACUCUUUCUCACGGUAGCUCCAAAAAGUCUCCCUAUCUUUGAUGAUUCCUAAAUUGAAGUUGAUUGUGAUUCUGUUUGAUAAUGUUUGCAGUCCUAUUGCAUAUAGUGCUUGAUCGUUUCAAUCGCCAAACUGAAACUUGUGCCCUAUAGAAAUUUCUUGGUUGUGUAUUUUAAUAUUUUAAAAUGUGUACUUAUAGUAGUUUUUGUUUGAAUUAUCUGUUUGUUGUGAUCAUUUUCUUUGAUCAUAUUUAAUAUGAAAUUGGAAAUUUCUUUAUUUAUAUAUUUUUUGUAGUAUGUCUAACUUACUUUUUGGCUGGUUCUAUUUUAUUUAUGUCCGUUCAUGGGAAAAUUUGUAGCAAAAUCAUGUUUCGAGAACAAAAUGAUAAAAAAAAGAAGGAA